UAGAAUACCAUCGUUGAUAUCCAGGUUGAUCGUAUCCGGUUGUAUAGUAUUUGAUUGUUUCUAUGGCAUAAACAUAAUAUUUUUACAUAUUUAAGAGACGACCUUUAUUUUAUAAUAUAUUGCUUGAGAGAAAUUUUGAUAGAUUUAUUACCGGAUAUUGUGUAGUAAAUAUGAGCGAAUCACAAACGGACGUUUCAACUGAUGACCUUUGUGAAGGAGUUGAAACAUGCCAACACGACACAGACAAAACUAAAAAAAUUAUUAAUCCCGAUGAUUCUAAGAUGACUAUUUUUCAAAAUGCACUUAAGCAACAUUUGGUAAAGCAAAAGUAUGAUCUUAAACAAGAGUUAUUUGAAAUGGAACAAAGAAUUGAAUCAAAAAAAAAUCAGAAGGUAUUAUUAGAAAAUGAAAAAAGAAACAUCAUAUCCAAUCGCUUAAAAGCUCAGCGUGAUUUACUUAUAAAAUUAAAUUCAACUAAAACUGAAAUAGUAAUAAUAAGAGAGAAGAUUGUAGCAUCGAUUAAUCAAGGAAAAAAACAAUGCAAUGAAAUUACUACAAAAAUAUCAAAUGAAAUGGAAAAAAUUUCAAUUCUAAAAAGAAAACUAGGUUACAGCCAAUGUCUAUUAAAAGACUUAAUAAUAUAUGAAAGCGAACAAGUCGUUCAUUUUAAAAAGUGUGAUUUCAAAAAAUCCACAUUAAAACAAUUAAAAAAAAUAUAUCUUAACAAUCAGCAGCAAAAGAAUUUGUUGUGUUCAUCUUUAACUCAAGAAAUCGGAAGACUGGAAGAUCAGAAAAGACAAUUGAAACAAGAAGCUGAAACAAAGUACAAUGAAAGUGAAUUAUUGAAGCAAAAACUGAUGGACACUUCGACGGACAUGGAUAUCACGAGAAGAGAUAAUGCUAAGUUAACAGUUUUAUGGAACAAAGUUUUAACUAAUAUAGAACAACGCAAUGAAAAUAUUCAAAGGAUAAAAAUUGAUUUUCAGAAAGCAAAAGAUGAACACCAUGCACUACUAGUAGAAGCAAAUAGUUAUGAAAGCAAUGCCCAAAUCGAAUCGACUAGAAACAUAUAUCUUCACAACUCUUCAAAUGAACUUAAACUAAAACAGAGUGAUUUACAAAAUAGUUAUUAUACGCUUUUAGAUAAAUUCAACAGAUCUAAAGAUGAAUAUUCUAAGCUCAUACAAAUCACAAAUUUUGAAUACUUAAACUUAGAUCAAGUUUUAUUAGUACAAGAUUUUUUAAGCGAAUUAAAAAUACAAUCAAAUACAAAUAGUAAAAGUAUUCAAAAUAGUAAAAAAAUAUCAGAACUUACGAUUCAAAUUAAAGAUCGAGAAGAAAUGUUACUCAAGUUUGAGAAAAUGUUCAAACAAGCUGUACUACAAUUUGAACAAUAUCGUGAAAUCAGUUCUAUAUUAAAAAAUGACAUUGAAGAAAAUACAACAUGUUUGAAUGACCAAGAAGUUAUUUUAUCUACAUUACAUUCUGAACUGAAAAAACUAGACCUUGAUAUUCAUAAUGAAUCAAAAUCAAUUUUGAAGAAAGAAAAAAUAAUAAUGAUAACUACGGAGAAGGAAGAGGCAAGAGAAUUUUAUAAAAAUUGA